CCCGGGGUCCGCGAGCCUCUCCCCCUGCGCGCCUGGCGGCGGGCGGGCCCUGCGCGGCGGAGGUCGGAAGGGUGGGGCGCAGGCGCGGGAGGAGAUGAGGAGCGGCCCUCGCUGAAGAUUGAUCUUCGUUAAAAUGGUUGCCACCAGCGUCGUUAUGACCAUCAAAGUUAUCGCCAGGAGGCUCAGCCGCCAACCUCAGGCCGCGAGGAGCUGCAGCAAGCUGGGUCGGCGGCUGUGCGCUGCGGGGCUGAGCGCGGGGCGCACCCGGGGCCACAGGCCAAACCCCCGGGCGAGCAGCACUGGCUCGGAGCGGGCAAAGGACCGGAGCCUUCUUCCUCACUUCUUGUCUCCUCUCGUCUCCUACCUGGAUCUAUUUGUCUGCUCUGAAGCCGCCUUCAUUACCCACUGACAGGAGCGUGUAUUUAUUUGCUUAUAAACCUGUUACAAUAAAUGAUUAUUCGAACGGCGUCAUUCGUACCUUAAUGACGAGCGGGCGCUACUUUUUGAUGAAUGACAUCUCGGGCUCAGAAGGAUGUAUGGGUCAUUUUGACCAGUCAUUCCCUCGCUCUGGCAUCCCACAAUUUUUCCGCCUCCCUCCAAAAGAGAUAAUAAUAUUUAGAGGCGCUUUCUGGGACUGAAUGAGAAUUAGCCCUAGGCGCAGCCCAUCAUUAGGACGGGACAGCCUGGCCACUGUGACAUUUUUUAGAAAGCUGAGAUGAUGGAAAGAAUAAGAAAAGAGAUGAUUCUGAUGGAGAGAGGGCUCCACAGCCCCACGGCCGGCAAGAGGUUCUCCAAUUUGUCCGACUCGGCUGGCAGUGCUGUGCUCGAGGCCCUGGAAAAUUCACAGCACCCGGCUCGCCUCAGCCCGCGCCUACCGUCCGCCCCCCUGCACGGCGCUCUGGGAGAGCUCCCCGCCAAGGGCAAAUUCGAAAUAGACACUCUGUUCAACCUGCAGCACCCAGGCAGCGAAAGCACCGUCUCCUCCGAAAUCGCCUCCGCCACUGAGAGCCGCAAGAAGCCGGGCCAUUAUUCAGAGGCGGCCGCCGAGGCCGACAUGAGCAGCGACGUGGAGGUGGGAUGCUCGGCGCUGCGCUCGCCCGGCGGCCUGGCCGCCGCGCCGCUCAAGGAAAACAAUGGCAAAGGCUACACGGAGAGCGGCUCGGCGGCCGGCACCACGACGUCAGCGUCGGGCUCAGGCCUCGGUAGCCUGCAUGGAGGCGGCGGCGGCGGUGGCGGCGGAGGGGGUGCGGCGUUGGGCGGCUCUGGCUCCGGCGCGGAUCAGGUGCGGCGCUACCGCACGGCGUUCACCCGUGAGCAGAUCGCGCGCCUGGAGAAGGAGUUCUACCGGGAAAACUACGUGUCGCGUCCCCGCCGGUGCGAGCUGGCCGCGGCGCUUAACCUGCCCGAAACCACCAUCAAGGUGUGGUUCCAGAACCGGCGCAUGAAGGACAAGCGGCAGCGCCUGGCCAUGUCGUGGCCGCACCCGGCCGACCCCAGCUUCUACACCUACAUGAUGACGCACGCGGCCGCCACCGGAAGCCUGCCCUACCCCUUCCACUCGCACGUGCCGCUGCACUACUACCCGCACGUGGGCGUCACGGCCGCCGCGGCGGCGGCCGCAGCCUCGGGCGCGGCGGCCGCGGCGUCGUCGCCCUUCGCCACGUCCAUCCGCCCGCUGGACACCUUCCGCGCGCUGUCGCACCCCUACUCGCGGCCCGAGCUGCUGUGCAGCUUCCGCCACCCGGGGCUCUACCAGGCGCCCGCGGCCGCCGCGGGGCUCAACAGCGCGGCCUCGGCCGCGGCGGCCGCGGCGGCUGCCGCGGCGGCGGCCUCCUCCGCGGCGGCGGCCGGGGCGCCCCCCAGCGGCGGCUCGGCGCCCUGCUCGUGCCUCAGUUGCCACAGCAGUCAGUCGGCGGCGGCCGCCGCGGCGGCGGCUGCUGCGGCCCUCGGCUCCCGGGGCGGCGGGGCCGGCGGGGGCGGCGGCGGCGCGGGGGCCGCGGGCGGCUCGGACUUCGGCUGCAGCGGCGCCGCGCCGCGCUCCGAGAGCGGCUUCCUGCCCUACUCGGCCGCGGUCCUCAGCAAGACCGCGGUGAGUCCUCCGGACCAGAGGGACGAGGCGCCGCUGACCAGAUAA